AUGUUGCACGAAUGGGCAGGCCGUCGGGGAACGACGCCGUCACAAACCCGCGCGCCCCCUCUUGAUUUCGUAUUGUCCGUUUGCGUGGCCCCUGUCGUUGCAAUAUGCGCCUUAACCCAACGCUAUAAGUUCGAGAGUGUCGAGUCUGCGACGCGAGCGAAGGAGGCCCUGCACGGAUGCGACAUAUACUCCGGAUGCUGCACGCUCAAAAUUGAAUUCGCAAAGCCCGAGAGACUCAACGUGUUCAAAAACGACCAAGACAGCUGGGACUACACAUUGUCGGAGGAUGCGCAACCGACACAACGGAGCGCCCCCCUGCUCCAAUCGCCACAGUACACAGGCGGACGACCGCAGCCCUACAGUAACUUUAGAAAUACGGUGGGAUUGUGUGAGGGUGAAAAAUUCAUAAACGAUCCCACAACUUGUACAACCCAGCCAUCGGCGAGAGCCUGCAGCGAUGAGACGUGCAGUCAGCAUUCUUGUGAUCAUUCACAGAACGACAUGGAGUUCGGUAGCGGUGGACCGCCCCCUGUAAUGAUGAAAGACAGACACGGCCCGCCGCCUCCGCACCACCCGCGCGACGGCAGAGGCUACGGACCAGAGGGUUACGGCGGUGAGGGCUUUGUACCACCACCACCAAUGCACCACCCGCCAAUGCCCCCACAAAAUCAGGGUGGGCCACCGCAACAAGGCGCGGUGAUGAUGGUCUACGGACUCGACCCUCAGACCGCCAACGCCGAUCGACUGUUCAACCUUUGCUGCCUCUACGGCAACGUUGUCAGAAUAAAGUUCCUGAAGACGAAAGAGGGCACGGCUAUGGUGCAGAUGGGCGAUGCGGUCUCGGUUGAGCGCUGCGUCCAGAACUUGAACAACGUCACCGUCGGGGAGUACACACUGACGUUGGCGUUCUCGAAGCAGGCGUACCUCUCGGAGGUGAUGAACCCCUACCCCCUGCCAGACAAGAGCCCCUCCUUCAAGGACUACGUGGGGAACAAGAACAACCGCUUCCUGACGCCCGCCUCCAUUCACAAGAACAGGAUACAGCCUCCAUCCAAGGUGCUGCACUUCUUCAACACACCGCCGGACGUCUCCGACGACCAGCUGCUCCAGGUGUUCAAAGACUACGGCGUCACACCACCGCACACCAUCUCCAAGUUCCCGUUGAAGAGCGAGAGGUCAUCAUCCGGCCUCAUGGAAUUCACGAACAUCUCGCAGUCGGUGAUGGCGAUAAUGGCGUGCAACCACGCCACCAUACAGCAUCCGGGCGCGAAGUUCCCGUUCGUGAUGAAGCUGUGCUUCUCGUCGUCCCGGCAAAUCGGCCAGGGCAAGGGCCAACAGGGGCCGAACAAGGGCCAGAGCCAAGAGCAGAACAGGCAGGGCCAGAACAACGGCCUCGAGCACGAAUACUAC